CAACAUAUGCUGUUUCCUCCCAACAUAUAUACAUAGAACAAAACAAACAAUUUUAUCAUUGAGAUUCCACUGUAACAACCUACUAUAUCAUAUCAAUGGCUUUCACACUCAAACUUCCAAUGUCUUCUUCUCUGUUCCUAGUGGGAGUAGUGUUGUUCUUGACCAUAGGCAGCAUCAGAACCCAUGCAUUGAUGCCAUACUCAAGGACCUCCCUCUUGGACAUGAUGUUCCCUUCUGAUGACCCUUUCAGAAUCCUUGAACAAACACCAUUCAACAUUCCUAAAGGCCUUGAGACCCUUGCUCUGGCACGUGCAGACUGGAAGGAAACCUCCACCGCACACGUGAUCUCUUUAGACCUUCCAGGGUUGAAGAAAGAUGACGUGAAGAUUGAGGUGGAGGACAACCGUGUGCUGCGGAUAAGCGGCGAGAGGAAGACGGAGGAGGAGGAGGGUAAUGAGAAGUGGCACAGGGCGGAGAGGGUGAAUGGAAAGUUCUGGAGGCAGUUCAGGUUGCCGGGGAAUGUGGACUUGGAUGGUGUUAAGGCGAGUUUGGAAGAUGGGGUGUUGAGGAUCACGGUGGCUAAGGUGGGUGAGGAUAAGAAGAGGCAGGCUAAGGUUAUUGAUAUUGCUGCUCACCAGGGAAAUGUCCAUGGGGAGGAUAUCAAAGCUACCAAGGCUGAAAUGUGAUGUCAUGUGUUGACAACAAGAUGUUGUUGUUGCUUCUUUCCUUUUUGUUCAUAUGCUGGGUUGAUGAGUUGCAUAUAGUGUGAUGUUGAUGUUGGACUAAUAAAGUGAGCUUGUACCUCAAUUUUAUGAGUUAAAUUUGUUUGUUGUGCUUGUGUAUCUAUAAUAUAGAGGAUGCUAUGAACAAUUUUUCAGAGUAAAAUUGUCUUUUGUUCCUGAA